GAAUCACCAAUAACCAGAGGACUUUACUCCUCCUUAUAUGCAUUAAAUUCUAUAAAUAAAUGAACUUUCUUCUCUUUAUUUCUGCCAUUUUUUCCCUUACUUUCCACUAUGCCUGAACCAUCCAAGUCCGCUCCAGCCCCGAAGAAGGGCUCCAAGAAGGCGGUGACUAAGGUGCAGAAGAAGGACGGCAAGAAGCGCAAGCGCAGCCGCAAGGAGAGCUACUCUGUAUACGUGUACAAGGUGCUGAAGCAGGUCCACCCCGACACUGGCAUCUCGUCCAAGGCCAUGGGCAUCAUGAACUCGUUCGUCAACGACAUUUUUGAGCGCAUCGUGGGUGAGGCGUCUCGCCUGGCGCAUUACAACAAGCGCUCGACCAUCACUUCCAGGGAGAUCCAGACGGCCGUGCGCCUGCUUCUGCCCGGGGAGCUGGCCAAGCACGCAGUGUCCGAGGGCACCAAGGCCGUCACCAAGUACACUAGCUCCAAGUAAGUGCCUUUGUAGGCACUGUCAAACCCAAAAGGCUCUUUUCAGAGCCACUCCACUUACCAAGAAAUUGC